CAAUCCUUAUUACUUCUCGAUCUCAUAUUAACAACCAUGGCUAAGACUAAGCUUGUUGCUCUUUCCUUCAUAGUUUUGCUUAGUAUCGGCCUCUCCGAGGCAGGUCGAGCAUUGAUGUCUUCAGGAGGAGGUGGUGGCGGUGGAGGUGGCGGUGGAGGUGGUGGCUCUGGAAAUGGCUCCGGUUCCGGCUAUGGUUCCGGCUCUGGUUACGGUGAAGGAGGUGGAUCCGGGGCUCGCGGUGGUGGGUACGGAAGAGGUGGAGGCGGAGGUGGUGGAGGCGGUGAAGGGGGAGGUAGUGGGUCUGGUUAUGGGUCGGGGAGCGGCUAUGGCUCCGGGCAUGGGGUCGGUGGUGCCCAUGGUGGAGGGUAUGGAAGUGGCGGAGGAGGCGGAGGUGGUGAAGGGGGAGGUAGCGGCUCUGGCUCUGGGUCAGGAAGCGGGUACGGGUCUGGCUCUGGAUAUGGCACCGGUGGAGCGCAUGCUGGAGGCUAUGGAAGCGGUGGAGGUGGCGGUGGCUCCGGCGGAGGGAAUGGAAGUGGAAGUGGAUCGGGCUUUGGAUCCGGCAGUGGCUCAGGGCACGGCCAGGGAGGUGGUGCCCAUGGAAGUGGUAACGGAAGUGGCGGCGGCGGCGGCGGUGGCUCGGGCUAUGGGUCUGGCUUUGGUUCAGGCUAUGGGUCUGGAUAUGGGAGUGGAGGUGGUGGAUACCCAUAGAAAACUGCUAGACCUAUGUUCUUGAGGUUUAAGCCCCUCCACGUUGUACUCCACGUACGCGUGCUCUCUUUCCCUCCUCCGCU